AGCCGAGGUCCCACUAGCGUUUGAACCGGCCUCCGAGAAAACCCGGAUCCGGGAUUGCGGGGCCGGACCGCGCGGAGGGUUACCCCUUUUCCAAAUCUCUCCGAGUCUGCGCCUGAGCUCCAGCCCGGCGGGAACUGAAAGUGGGAAACCUCCGGGCUGCAGACCGCCCAGCAAGCCUCGGUCUCCUCAACGAGAUUUUUUUUGAUGCUGUUUGGCUUAAGGAAUCUCCAGCUGCUCUGAUGAUAGCUUAAGAAGACUGUGUGCUGUUCCCUUUCAAUGCCAGGCCUGGCCUGCUCAGACCUUGGAUCUCUGUCCUUCAUGGAGACCAGGUCCCAGCAGGAAUGGCAGAGGAGCAAAUUGGCACCCAGAUGGUUCCUCCACGUGAAGGUGCCUUGUGCUGCGGGCUGGCUCAGGAGCACCUGGUAACCAGGCUGCCCCCUGCCAGUCACCUGGGGCAGGGCAGCAUGGUUCGGAUACGGAGGAAGAAGCUUUUGGCAUCUUGCCUGUGCGUCUCAGCUACCGUCUUUCUGCUCGUCACGCUCCAGGUAGUAGUUGAGCUGGGAAAAUUUGAAGGGAAGAACUUUAAAAAUUCAAAUUUGAAAGAUGGAUAUGCAGAAAUGGAAAAAGAGCCUGUACCUCUCCAUCCGUUCCUCAAGAGAGAAGGACUCAGCCUGAAUAAGAAAAACACACUGGCAGCUGAUAGCUACCCCAUCAUGCUCUGGUGGUCCCCACUGACUGGGGAGACUGGCAGGCUUGGCCAGUGUGGGCUGGAUGCUUGCUUCUUCACCAUCAACCGGACCUACCUCCAUCAUCAGAGGACCAAAGUGCUCCUCUUCUAUGGUACUGACUUUAACAUAGAUAGCUUACCUCUACCUCGGAAAGCCCAUCACGACUGGGCCCUUUUUCACGAAGAGUCUCCGAAAAACAAUUAUAAGCUCUUUCACCAGCCAGUCAUCACCUUGUUUAACUACACCGCCACCUUCAGCCGCCAUUCCCACCUGCCGUUAACUACCCAGUACCUGGAGGGCCCAGAGGUCUUGACGUCACUCCAAUACCUGGUCCCCUUGCAGUCCAAAAACAACCUUCGAAAGAGCCUUGCUCCGCUGGUGUAUGUACAGUCUGACUGUGACCCACCUUCAGAUAGGGACAGCUAUGUUCGAGAACUUAUGACGUACAUCGAGGUUGAUUCCUAUGGUGAGUGCUUGCGAAACAGAGAUCUCCCUCAGCCGCUGAACAGUCCAGCCUCUAUGGACGCCGAAGGCUUUUAUAGGAUCCUUGCCCAGUAUAAGUUCAUCCUUGCUUUUGAGAAUGCGGUUUGCGAUGACUACAUCACAGAGAAGUUCUGGAGACCUCUGAAGCUGGGGGUCGUCCCUGUGUAUUACGGGUCCCCCAGUAUCGCAGACUGGCUUCCGAGCAAUAGAAGUGCCAUUCUGGUAUCAGCUUUUUCUCACCCUCGAGAACUGGCAAGUUACAUUAGACAGCUGGAUCACGAUGACCGACUGUAUGCAGCCUACCUGGAGUGGAAGCUGAAGGGCGAGAUCUCCAACCAUCGCCUCCUCACUGCUCUCAGGGAACGGAAGUGGGGGGUGCAGGACAUCACGCAGGAAAACUACAUCGAGGCCUUCGAGUGCAUGGUGUGCACCAAGGUGUGGGAUAACAUUAGGCUGCAGGAAAAGGGCUUACCACCGAAAACGUGGAAGGCAGAUGUUUCCCACUUGAGCUGUCCAGAGCCAACAGCGUUUGCUUUCUCGCCUCUGACCCGACCUAGAAGCUCUUUGCGAGAGAUGUGGAUCCCAAGCUUCCAGCAGUCCAAGAAAGAAGCCCGGGCGCUAAGGUGGCUGGUUGAUAGGAAUCAAAACUUUUCAACUCAAGAGUUUUGGGCCCUAGUAUUCAAGGACUAAUAUCAGAAAGUAUCAGAGUUUUCUUUUCUGGGUUGCCUUAAUAUUUGAAUAUAAUAUAAUAGCUACUUGGUUGACCAUCCAUUAGGAUAAGAAUGAAUAGCUAUGGUAGGCAUAAUGAGCUCGAUUGAAUAAUAGAUAGGAAUUAUCCUGAGGGGUCACUUCUCUUUUUUUUAUACUAAAAAAGUACAUUCGUAUUUUUUCUUUCCUUU